AGUUGAGCUCUGGAUGAGCUCCUCUCCUCGCUCUAAUCUAGAUAGAAUAGUGAUUGUGUGAAAAUAACCAGAUUUUUGUUGGCUGCUAAUUGGUUCUCAGUCUGUGAUCACUCGGGCUCAACAACUGUACUCAUUGUCCUUGGAAGAAUGUGGAGCUCUCAUGUACUGAUACUGCUGCUGUAAUUUGGCAGGGCAGUGCUUUUACAAGGCAGUGUCCCAAUGAGAGUGACACUAUCACAGUAAUUGCAGCUCAGGCUGUUGUCGGGAGCACUACCACAUGUGGAAACUUCACAGCUAAUGUGACUGGCUUAACUCCGAGUCCUGUACAAGGUUUAAACAUUGUUGCUGUCAGUCUAACUUUCAGAGCUGAUGUGUCAUUGAACAGGACCACUGUGCAGUGUGAAGAUGCUAAUCGUAACGAUGCUCUACUAGUAAACAAACUUCUUGAUAUACCAGUAACCACCACACCAACAUUGCUGUUGAGCCAAAACUCACAGUCUAUAGCUGGAGUGGCUUUUGUGAUUGAUGAUGCCCGGUGUGUCACGACCUAUCAUGUCAUUGUGACUCAGGAGGGUGGUCCCUCAACCAGUGUGUCCAGAUCAUCAUCACCAGUGAUCGUGGGUGAUUUGGACUUGUGCUGAGUCAUGGAGGUGGUGUACCCCACAAAGCUGUAGCUGUAUCUUCCCCCACUGUGCUGGCAUCCACCCUACCGUCACACCAAUGACUCCAAUGGGGCCUCUAGCUAUACUGCUGUGGGUAGCUCAAUCACUCUAAUUAAUCCAGGAAUCUGAGGUGCAAUCACGUACCUAUCAGUACACUAAUGGUAAUGGAGUUGUUUCUUUAAUGAUGAGUUUCACUGGUGUCUUUUUUAUGAUCAAAUUGCCUGGAGCGGAGGGUCAAGUUAUCCAAGUCACUGUGAUGUUCAUGAAUGAACAGUGUAGCAGUUUUGAAUCAGCCAAUUAUAUUAUUCCAAGCUCGGAAAUAUCUAACGUAACUCAAGGUGAAACUACUGCUACCAGUCACAGUAUCACAGUCACUCUACCACUAACGGUGUACCCAUCUGGGGAACUACUAAUCGUUUCGACUGUAUCACCUCCUGACAGUGCUCUUAUAAUGAACAACUUUACGGGACCCUCGAUAAAAUACACAGUGGCAUUCAAUAAUCUGAAGCCAGCUACUGAAUACAUCUUCAGCAUAAGGAUUGUCCUUCGCACUGACAAUACAAUGAAUGUGGUUGCACCGGUGACUGGAGUGUUCACCAUGCACAGCACCCAUUUUUUCUCCCCAGUUCCAUCUGUAAUGAUCAUCAGCAGUGCUGGACAGCAAACGUCAUCUCCAGCCUACACUGUCACUCUAACUCUACCUGUGAUCAGUUAUCCUCGCAGUGAACUUAUUAUCAUCUCCACCCUUACCCUGGCUGAUGCGGCACCAAUCACCGAUGACUACCCGCUGUCCUCGCAAUACUUUGUUACAUUCCAUGGUAUAAAUGCCGGUGUGGAGUAUUCGUAUGUAAUUAGGAUUGUGCUACGAAGGAGAAACAGUAUUAAUGUGUCCAUUCCAUUGACAGGAUCAUUCACAAUAAUGACAUCCUUCUCAACUGGAGCUACUGUUGCCCUCACAUUUGCCCUGACGUUCCUGUUGACUCUGAUUCUUGUAGUGUCCCUUGGUGUCCUCGGUGUGCUGGCAGUUAACAAGUGUAGGAGGUCCGAGAAGGUAAAUCUGCACUCUGAAACUGAAAUGAGACCACCACCUGUGAUAUAUGAAGAGCCUGAGGCCAUUAAACCAGACCCCCUAGCUCACCCAGGGGAAUGCUGCAUAUGGAGAAAUAGUUUACUGAACAUUUCAUAACUGAACUAACUUCCCACAGAUUACAUGCAUGAUGCGCAAUAUGAUUUUAGCUGAAGUAUAGAUUCACUCCUCCAUAUAAACACUGUACAUAAUUAUUAGCAAAUGAAUUCA